UCACCUUGUCUAAGAAUCCUUUUUCGGCAUCAUCUUCUGGUGUAUGUUUUGGUUGUGUAAUUCUGUUCUUGGUACAUUGGUUGUUUGGUUUAUACUCUUUCUUCGCAAGUCCUAGUUGCACAAUUUGUGGGGGGAUUCAGGGAGCACAUUAGAGGUUUGUUUGGAUCUUGAAAAGUACGAGGGGAAAUAAAGGCAUUGAAAACAUCCUGAGGAAUGAAUCACUCAAUUAGUGCUUGGUAUUUUCUUUUCUUCCUGUCAUCCUUUAACAUCCAAGCAGAUCCUUGUAAACCAAAACUUGCUCACUUUCUCUCCUGCUUGGAGAGGUGAAUAAUUCAGUAGUAACUUGAGUUAGGUGCGUCAAACGAUCGUUAAAAGGAACAGCACAAUUUUGUUGUGGAAUUGGAGUAAAAGUAGCUCUGUAUUCCCUUAUUUUUGCUUUGUUUAUCUUCUUGCGAAAGAGAGGUGAGGAGAAAUUUCUUCAUAGAUAUGUAUCCCCUUCUUUUUUGUUAUCUUAGUGGAAAGGGUAACGAGGUGUAGCAUAACCAACACUAGCACAUCAGAACUCUGCCUGCUGGAUGUAGUCCUCCCCGGCAUGCCACCAUCAAGGGAAUUUUCACGGCCACAAUUAACCCCCACUGCCACCAAUCCACCCAUGCCUGCAGCAGCCUCCAUUAUUUCUGACCCCUAGCAAUCAGUCACAAAGGACCUUCUAGUCCUGGUCACUGGUGGCAUUGAAAUCUGCAGUCAUGGACCAUUGGUGAGUUUGAACAAACAUUGGUUAUUGAAUAGAGUGUUAGCAAUGCAAGGCUUCAACAUGUGGUAAUGAUGCUGGAGAGGUGUUAAAGAAGUCAGGACACACAUGAUGAAGAUUGAAAGUUAUGGUGAUGUAGGUGAAAGUGCUUGUGUUGUUGGUGGUGGAGGUUGCCAAGUGAGUGGCAUAACUGGUGGAAAUGGUGGUUGUUACUGAUGCAUACUGCUUUUCUACUGAUAGUUGCAAUAUACGAUUCUAUCUAGGUUUUCAAACCCCUCAUUUAUGCUUUGCCAUACCGACCAGCCAUUCACAACUAUUCUACUUUUACUUUUCCUGCCUUGCCAGAUUAUUCAGGCAUACAUUUAAUCUGCACAUUUUUUAUUUCUUUCACCUGUCCUCAUCACUCUUGUAUUUAUUGGUUCCUUCAAUCUUUUACCAUAUGAAGUGGGUUGUGCACAUGAUGGCCCCCACCGCAUUCGACACUCACUUUUUUGUGGGUUUUGCAUUAAUUUCAAAAUUAGCACAAUUUACUGAAAAAGAAAAGAAGUAUGUAUUUUUUUUUUUUUUCUCCUAGUGCAUUGUAGUCUGAAAGUGAGGUUUUCUUAGGGACAAACCCAUGUGUCAAUGUUGGAGGCUUGAAAAAAAUGGUGUUUGGAUUUGAUGCUUAAGAUGAGUGUCGGCCCUGGGAUAGUGCUUAAACCCUAGGGGUGAUUAGCAGAAUCAUGACUUGAAUAUUGAUUAAUGGGAGAUGUCAAAUCCCAAGAUCUCGAUCAUAUGUUAGUUGAGAUUGCUGUUACACGUGGUGGAGGGUGGUGGGGUUAGUUGAAGGGUGAAGGGUGGUUGAGGUGUGAGGCUGAGCUGAGCUGAGGGAGGACUCUCCAAAAAUGAUGAGAGGUGAGGUGAGGUGGAGGUGGGGGCCAAUUUUUAUUUCUUGGAGAUCACAACACCUAGUUUCAUGAGCCCCUGCUACUGUUUCUACUGUUUUUGUGCAAAUGGACAAGGACGAGGACAACCAACAUCAUCUUCGAUUCAUCAAACUGCAUAAAGGCAUCCUCGUGAUUUUUGUUGUCACAGAGACAGAACAGAAGGCAGCAGCAGCAGCAGCAGCGCCCUUUGCCCACGGCCGCGGGAGACUCCCCCACCCCCAUUACCACAUACACCAAAUCCAUGAUUACCAUGUGAUUCCAUCUUAUUAUGGGGUUGUUAAAGGGGCACAUAGGCCCUGAGUCCAAGGCACAAUGACUCCCAAGUUGUCGUGGCCUUUCUAAAUUGAACAUAUUUGAUGAUAUAUGAGCAUAUAACAAAUAUUGUACAUGCAUCUUUAAGUUGUAUUUCACUUUGUUUAUGUGCGUGUCAUAUGCCUAGGCACAAGGCCUUUUUUUCCCGCCUUUGCGUGGCCUUGCGCCUUUCAUAACUACGUAACCUCUUCCCUCUGCCUUUUUCCCUUUUUAGCCUCCCCUUUUAUUGAUAUUGUUGUUGGAGUGAAGGAGAGAGUAACCCACUUUGCCACUCAACGUCUCAUUCUUAAAUUUGGUCAUACCAAACCCUUUUGAAUUAGGGAUGAUGGACAUUUGAUCUCGUUAUCAAACCCUAUAUAAUCGACUUGGAAUUGAGCAAAGGCUAUAAUGAUCUUGUCGUACUCAUUAUGAUCAAAUUUUUGACAUGUCGAUCAACCACCCAUUCACUAAAAGAUUCCAAGAUACCAAAUUCAAAAUCUAUAUAGUUGAAAUUUAUGAUCAAAUUUGACCCAUUGAAUAAAGAUAAGUAGGGAUGUUUUAAUUGCAAUUUUGUAGCACUCGCUUUUUCUCCCUCACAUGGAAACUGAAGGGAUACUGUUCCAUUUUUAUGUUAGAGGCAAAUAGUUUCUACACAUUAUAAUUCCAAUUUUAAGGAAGAUAAUCACAAAAAUUUGAAAGCAGUGUCAAUGACCAAGAAUUUGGUGUUAAACGAAUUCAUAGAGUGGAGGCCUAAACUUGAAAGCGACCUGUCUAUAGCUUGGGUUGGAUCCAAGGCCACCCAGGAGAGGUCCACACUCAACCCCAUCAAUUUUCAGACAUAUGGUGGACCUGUCUAUCAGCACAAUGAGUACCCUCAACACAAAGCAAACCCCAUCAUCGACCCCAAUUAUAGAGGACCCACUAAUCUGAAACAAAUUUGAAGGCCCAACCCCAUUUAUUGGUGCUUGAUAAGAUAUAGGCCCAGGACACAGGGAUGGCUGUACCAGCCUCCCAGGCCAACUUGCCUGAAAUGUUAAGAAUGAUGAGACCAUCAACUUUUAUGCGUUGGUUAGCUAAUGUAAAAAUUAAUGAACAAAUUACAGAAGAUCAAGAUCAUGCCCUGAUUUUAGAGGAUAUCAGUUUUCCAUAAUCUAUGAUACUAAUAGGGAAGAGAUGGAAGCUAUAGGGACUUUAAACAAUCAUGCCCUGGUGCCUCUUGGAAGUAUGCUGAUCAGGGCUCAAGCAAUCUUUGCCUUCCAGUUCCUGUUAGUCUGAGCAGAGUAUGAAGACUCUGGGCAGACAUUAGAAUGCCGAGAAAACACAAAUGUCAACUCAACUGAGCUUAACACAAAUUAACAAUGUAAUACCAAUCAUAAUGAAUUGAUCAAAAAUUUUAUUGUAUGGAAUAUAUGCCAAAACUAGAGUAUUUCCCUUUGAAGAAGUCAUCCCUUUCUAACAAUAGAAAGGUUUGGGAAUUGGGAGUUAAUCCUAGCAAGGAAGGAAUAAGAAAGGGCUUCAAUCAGAGGAUAACAUCGUAUUCCUUCUUCCUAUGGAAGUAGUGCCAUGUACUAAUUAAAAAACUAAACAGAGGAACAGUUAAAUUACUUAGGCUAAUUAAACUCCAAGAUGAAGAGCUGCAAUGGCUGUUCCAACACAUAAUUCAAAUUGUUUGUCUUUACAACUCCACCAUGCAUAUUCUUUCAAGAGGUGUUGUUUCUUCUUUCUCAUCAUCCUUCUUUCCAUGGCCAUGAUGGUGGGUGUUGCUAUAUUGACCAUUGUCUUCAUCUUGAAGCCCCAAAAGCCUGUUUUCUCCCUCCAAACAAUGAGUUUGGAGUCCUAUAAGCUAGACGUAUAUUCAAAUUCAACCCUGUUUAUUUCAUCUGUUAUUUCAUUAACUUUAAAUGCUCAAAAUCCUAACAAGGUUGACCUAGGUUUUAGCCCUUCAAGACUUGAUAUCCUCUACAAGGGACUUCCCAUAGGAGUAAUACAUGUUCCUGGAUUCUACCUGCCUGCUCACAGCUAUAAUGUGCUUGUGAAAAACCGGGUUUUGUUUCCCUGUGUGAAUGUUAGCCAAAUCAUUUCUGAGGUUUCAAGGCAAACACUGAUUCAGAUGAGAAUACUAGGUGACAUUGGAGCUCACGUGCGGGUGUUUCAUAUAACCCUACCGAAAAUCAAGCUUGCCCUGGACUGCAACAUUAAUAUUGAUUAUCAAGAGCUCACAUUCAAGAAUGAAUUGUAUGCCAUGACAGUAGCACAAAAUCUCAACGCAGCAUUUCCUGCUAACAUCCAAACCUUCUCCAAGAACUGUUCAGUAGCCUUCUUAAUCUAAACAUGCACUAUUGAGAAAUAUAAUGUAUCAUUUUGAUUGUUAACAGAGGUUUUGUUCUCUUAUGGCAUCCCUUUCCCAUUGGAAGUAUAGUUAUUCUAGUUUAAUCAACAUGCCAAAGUCCAAAUGGCUAGAGUUUUUGUUUCA